UGACGUCUUAUUUUCCUCAGGAAAAAUAUUCUCAAAAUGACACAUUCCCCAUGUGGUUUUAGGUUUUCACGUGUUGAUCAUGCUCCGCGUUCAUUACAGACCAUCAGUGUUUCUGUACAGUUGGAACAUACUGAACAUUUCUGCUGCUUAAAUUAGUUUAAAAAUAUGUUCAAAGGUUCUACAUUAAUACAGUUGAUCGAUUAAAAGUAUUAACAUUAGGAAUGCCAUAAUGUAUAAGUAUUAUAUAUGUAGAUUGUAUAGAAUAAUGUAAACAUAGUGGGUAGUAAGGGGAUGUUUAGUCACACACUUUUGAUAUUUUAAUAGUUGUCAAGUCAAUUCUACAAGUCGCUCCAGGAUGUGAAGUAGUACAUUCAUUUAAAAAUAAAGAUAAUAGGUGUUUUACAGCUGACCUUAUUAAACAAAAAUAAUAAAAUGGAAAAACCUCGGAACAAUUGCAACAGUCUUAUCGUCGUCAUCUCAUAACCCUAUCAUAGUGUCUGUGCCAAUAUCGAUCGUACUUUGCCAAGUAAGUUGAAGGUCACAGGGAGUUGCAGGCUCACAGCCAAUGACAAAUUAGACUGUCACAGGGAGAAAGUUAACUGGGCCGGGGUGGUCUCUAGAUUCCCUACCCUUUUUAAAAGACACUUGGGAGGGACCGGCAGAGAAGGAAGAGAGAACAAGACAACACAUUGCUUCUAAGAAGAGUUGGUUGUGACAGGCUGACUUACAGAGACUGAGAGUUGAAGAGACACAUUGUGAAGACGAGGGAGCGACAGAAGCAGAGAGACAACAGAACCAAUCGGAAAAGCCUGUAUCUUUCUUCCGUUCCAUUCCCCUCUCUCUCAUCCUCUCUUUGUUUUCUCCAUGCUCUCAUUGCUUUCGUGGAAGAGAGGAGACAGACAUGGACAGAGCCUUGAACUCAGAUACUGUGAUGGACACCAAGGCAGUGUUUGCGGCCCUGUACAGUGUGUGCGAAGAGAAUGCCGCUUUCUUCUCAGGAGGAGCUAAGGGGUCGCAGGGAGAUGCAGCGAGGCGACUGGUGGAGGCCGUGAAUGUGAUCCAGGAGCACGCUCGCAGUCUGGAGCCCGUUAUCACCGGCUUUGCUGCUGUUUACCAUCAUUUUGAUUUUGACCCACACAUACCUGCUAAUGGCUAUCGCUCACUGGUCAAGGUCGUGCGAUGCUGUCUUCUUCAUAUCAUCCACAAGGGGCGCUACAUCACAGCCAACCGCCGCAGCAUCUUCUUCCGAGUGGCACACAACGCGGGGGAGAUGGAGGCGUACUGCAACGCUCUGUGCCAGCUGCGCGCCCUGCUGUACCUGGCUCAGCGCAUGCUACAUGAUAACAGCCAUGGUAACCUCUUUUUCCAGGAUGAAAGUGGCCUCAGCGAGAGUUUUGUCCGCGAAUACGCAUCCAUGCACAAGGGCUGCUUCUAUGGCCGUUGCCUGGGCUUUCAGUUCACUCCAGCCAUUCGACCCUGCCUUCAAACCAUCGCUAUCGGCCUUGUGGCCUUUGGAGAAAACUACAAGCGCCAUCAGUCAGGAAUAGGUGUAGCAGCCAGCUCUCUAUUUAACUCAGGGAAGUAUGCCAUCGACCCAGAGUUGAGAGGGGCAGAGUUUGAUCGUAUCACCCAGAACCUGGAUGUCCAUUUCUGGAAGACUUUCUGGAACAUCACUGAGACUGAGGUUCUGUCGGGUCUCGCCAGCAUGACAUCCACUCAAGUUAAGGUGAACCGAGCUCUUUCUGUGCCCUCUGUGCCCUUUGACCUUCCCCUGGCGGCCAACCACAGAGCAUCUGUAACUAUAUCUCCACCGUCGGCACACAUUGGCACUGCUCCUGUUCAGAUGAGACUCAUCUCUUAUGACUUACGUGAAGGACAGGACAGUGAAACUCUACUAUCGCUCUCCCGCUCUGAGGGGGGUGCUAUCUCUCUGUCUCUGGGGCUGAAGACCAAGCGCCUCCCUUCUUCUCCCUGCCUCCUCAUCCACUUUCAUGGGGGAGGCUUUGUGGCCCAGACCUCCAAAUCCCACGAGCCGUAUCUGAAGAGUUGGUCCCAGGACCUUGGUGUCCCCAUCCUGUCAGUGGACUACUCUCUGGCCCCUGAGGCCCCCUUCCCGAGGGCCCUAGAGGAAUGUUUCUAUGCCUACUGCUGGGCUCUGAGAAACCACCACCUACUUGGUUGGACUGGAGAGAAGGUGUGUCUGGCCGGUGACAGCGCAGGAGGCAACUUAUGUGUAACAACAUCAAUGCGUGCUGCUGCCUUUGGUGUGCGAAUGCCAGAUGGCAUUGUGGCAGCCUAUCCAGCUACCCUGCUGACGGCCUACGCAUCACCCUCCCGUCUGCUAACACUUAUGGAUCCCCUGCUGCCGCUCACUGUGCUCUCCAGGUGUCUCAGUGCCUACGCAGGCAGUGAGCCACAGACCGAGAAGCAAGUAGCAAAGGUGAGCACACUGAGCCUGGUGAGGAGAGACACGGCACUAAUGCUGCGAGAUUUCCGACAGGGAGCCUCCAACUGGAUCCAAUCUCUGCUGGAUCCCAACAGAGCCUCAGCCUCGCCCAGCACGAAUGCAGAGCUACCAGGAGCCACUGAUGCUGUGAGGAAGAGCAUUUCAGAGGCAUCCAUCUGUUCUCCUCACGCUGACCCUCCUGUACCCACAGAGCCCUCAGAGUUGCUCAGUAGGAAAUUAUCAGUGAAGAGCCAGACUUGCCAGGACUUGGGAUCCCACAACAACUCCGUACCCUACAGUGCACCGCUGCUGUCUGAGCGCACUCCAGAAGAUGUGAGUUUCUUUCUCACUAAGGAUGGAGAUACCUCCAUAUCCAGUGACCUGUCUUCAGUGGCCAUACCACCACCCCCUGCUGGAGAAGACGGAUCAGAGCUGGAGCACCGCAGAGAGUAUCCACUAGGGUUUGAACCACUGCGCUCAGAGCAGCUGGCUGAGAUAAGAGUGGAGAGCUCUCCAGUGGUCAAGGAUCCUUUCUGCUCACCUCUGCUGGCACCUGAUAGCAUGCUUAAGGGGUUGCCACCGAUACACAUAGUGGCUUGUGCAUUAGACCCCAUGCUGGAUGACUCUGUGAUGUUUGCCAAGCGUUUGAGGAACAUAGACCAGCCUGUCACUCUCUGUGUGGUGGAUGACCUCCCCCAUGGCUUCCUCAGCCUAUCGCAGCUCUCUAAGGAGACAAGGGAAGCUGCCAACGUCUGCGCAGAGCGAAUUCGUGCCGUUUUCACCCAGGACACACCCCCAGAACCACGCAAGCACCGCAAGCUGGAACGAACCGAUAGGGGUGUGUCUGCCCCUUCUGGGGACAGCGGUCCUCUUUUUGUUGGCCCCACCGAGGGAGGGGAGCUAGCUGUCGGGAGAGGAGCUAAAAUUGCUGAUGGGGAGGGUUCAGUUGCUGUGGCAGCCCAGAAUAACACUGACGCUGGUGGCAUCGGGGCUUAAAUAAGGUUAGAUGGGGGGGAAAAAAAAGAAAAGAAAGUGUGCUUCAUUUCGCCGAGGAGUGAAAGGAGAAAGAGUAAAUGAAAGUCAGACAAAUUUAGGCAGUGUGGUGCCUAAGUGAGAGAUGAAGAAAGCAUCCUGAAAAGCAGGAGGUGGGGAGGAGCGCUGAAAUAUUAUUCCCUCUACUUUACAAUUCUUGCCAGUUGUCUAUGCACCAACGCAAAUCUUGUAGACAAAACGAACACACCCACAAAAAACAUGUCAUGUCAUGUUUUAGAAUAAAAUGAUAAUUUAGCAGCUACUUAGAUCAAAGACCAGCACUCGCCCACCCACACGGCACACACACUUAACAGAGUUGCCGUUAUGCAGCGGAGGCUCGGACAUAAAGCAGCGCAGGAGAUUCUUGAGACGAGGCCUGAAUGGGUGAUUCAUCCGGGCUAAGGCAGUGAUUUGAGGCCCUAAUCAGAUAGUGGUAGGCACACUACAUGCUUCUAUGUAGAGUCGUUCCCGUCAAAAUGGCCACUUGUCCUUUAGGGAGGCACUCUAAAUCACACUUAAUAACUCCACAUUGUGUUCUCCAUUAUGCCAGUUUGGCAGUCAAUACAGGUCACUUUGUGGAUAGUAACUCUGUUGACUCUCACCUAAAUAGAAUUACAAAUCUACAACACAGCAGACUGACAGACUGGAAACAAGAUGAAUUGAUUUACUUCAUUCUUGAGGUUCUGUUGCAGUUUUUAAGCAAAUAAUUACUCCUAUGCAGAAGUAUUGCUUUUGUUAUUUAUGUCAUUUUUGUAUUGCUGUUAUAGUCCCUGAGUCACAACAGGCUUUUCGAUGAUUUGUAUACUCUAUUAUUUAAUGUAAUCUUAAAGUGUUUACUCCAUGUUUCUAAAAGUGCUCAAUAUUUACCUCUGCUUCUUUAGCUGCAGCCGCUCUGACAUCCCUGGCUUUUCCAAUUAGGUUCAUCUCCUACUCCCAGUAAUACAUACUGAUCUGAUAGAGUAAAUGUGGGAUAUUACGCAGGGACACAGUGUCACGUCUGGAUUUUGUCUUGUGCUGACAUUACAAAUACAAAGACUGCAUUUUAUCGAUUGUUACAGUGCAAUCUUUGGCAGUGCACUGAAAUGCAUUCAUACGUAGUACAAGAAUACUCGGGCCCCUUCUUUGCGAGUCUCUCAAGAACAAUCAUAACUCUCAGAUGUCUAAAGGAGGCUAAUUGUUUUUAUUGUAUUUUGUAAGACUGGAAACAGUUAUUCUAUAUUGUCUUUUCAAAAUGGAAUAAGACAGGGAGCGGUUGCAAAAAGGCCCAGCUCUCAGCUAUCAAUACACAUUUUAGACUUGACUGCACUGAUUUCCUCUUAGGUUGUCCCGGAUUCUCGGCAAGCGUUAUUGCUCACUACUUCUCUGCACAGUAUGCACUGUGUCAAAGCACCACUUCUCUCGAGGCAGGGGUUUUCUGGCCUGAUAACCAUUUUUUUCUUGUUACAAAUCAGAAGCUUUUAGGCAAACCUCGAACACCCUGACCAAGAAAAGCAAUUGAAAAAGUGCUGUUUAAAAGCCAUUGAACUUGUAUUUGGCUGGAAAACAGUGACUGGUGGUCCAGAUAUUUUUACUCCUCACUGUCACAUUUGGGGUUGACUUUGUUUGUGAUUACCUGAGGACACUCUUCUGAGCGUGUUGCCAUCAAAGCACUUUGAAGUACACAAAAAUGUCCUUCUGAGGGUCAGUCCUUCUAUCAGGUCCAACUAAAUAUAGAUGCCAACAAUGCUGGCACUGUCCUGCCCUUGCCUGGUAACAGGGCUGGGGUUGCCAGGUCUGUAGAGAGGGAUGCUGUGUGAUGAAUAGGAUUUAGCUGAUGCUCGGAGUGCAAAAUCCUCCCUGCGUAGAAGAGCAGGAUUUUAAGCAGCAAAGUCAUGCUACAGGAUUAGACCAUACUCAGUUCUGUCAGCUUGAAGUACUUACUGCAAUAUUUUUAGUCAGAUUGAUGGAGAGAACCAGACCCGAGAAGAGGAAGAAAGUUAUACACUCGCUGUCUCUGAGAUGUUGGGCUGAAGUUUGUGCUUCCUCUACUAGCCGCUGUUUAUGCUCACUGUGCACUUUCGCAGUAGUCGGUCUGUCAAUCAGUCCAAGUUUAUUUUAAGCUGAAGCUUGUAUGCAUAGGAUUUUUGUUGUUGUUUGUUUUUUGCUUGGUGUCUGGCUCAAGCGACGCUUGUGUGUGUGCACGUUCACAUGAUCGCAGCAGUCUCUGGCCUGCAGGGAAACAUGAGCUCACAUGGUUGGUUUGCCCUCCUUGUGUCACGCUCACUCAAAGACAGGAACGGCGCUUUACAAUCAAAAGUUAUUCAUCGUGUUAAUCGUCUGUUGUUGAAAACACCCACUUUGUAGUAGUAGGACAACUGUUUGUCUUAUGUCUGUAAAUCAACUUGACUUUAUUAAUACUUUAAACACCACUGCAUAUGAAGGACAGCAGAGUUGAUUGGUCAUCAGCACUUUCUUGCAUAAAGCUGUGAGUCACUAGGAAAAUGUUAAACUGUGUCAAAUUCAUUUACUUGCUGUACAUUAGCCUUCAUAUGCCUCUCACCCUUUAUGACCUGUCAUGUGUUCGUCUACCCAAAGCGUAGGCGAUGGACCACGCAGCUCAUCUGUUGUUCUGGUCAGAGGAUUUUUUUUGCUGCUUUUAGUUUACCGGCUCCUGACACAUUUCACACUUCCUAUGCUUAGAUGCUGUCUGUAACUUUGAGCCGACAUAUUUGGUUGAGUAUUGUUUUAGUGCGUCUGUGUUGAUGAUUCGCUUGUUGGCGAGGAACUUUAGAAUUGCAAAUAUUCCCUGCAAGUAAAACAGCUCGUAGUGCUUCAGUGGAAUAUGAUUUUUUUUUUUUUUCUUCAAUAUUCAGCUCUCGAGAUACGCAGGAUACCUCUGCAGUUUUACCCAUCAAAAGCUCUUUUAUUAGAGAUUUCCCUCGCCUCCGGGCUGAUUUUCUAUGAUGUGCCAUGCAAAGUGCAAUAAUGUAACAAACCUGAGCUUGCUGCUUCAACCGUCAGGGCAGCAUUUACAGUAAAGUGAUGGUAGUUACACAAUGGCAUCACUUCAGUUUUUCUCUUUUCACAGUCUCUGCUUCCUCAGUUAGAAUUUUGUUUGUAUUUGUGCAAUGUGUUUGAAUCACCUUAAGCUUGGACUCGUAUACAGUAAAACUUGGCUUAAGGUUGAUUUAAGAAGCUGCUUUUACAGCUGCCUCAUUGAGUGAAACUGACCUCAAGCACCUCUUAGAAAUGUCUCCUCAGUUUGAUAUUCUUCAUUUAUGGUUGAAAUUAAAAGCAGAACCAAAGACUGCACGUAGGAUCUCGCAACAGAUGUACAGUCCACGCUGUUUAAUGUUUGCUGUUAAACGUUACCACUGAAUAUGCAGGUGCUAAUCAGUGUCAUAGCCUAUGUGCACUCCAUAUGCAAAUUGCACCGCAUCAGUUCUGAUGUAGAAUAUUAUUAGCCUUUAAAAAAAAAAAAAACAACAAGCCAUAGACUGGAAAAAAAAAAACAAAGUAUGUUUUAAGUUUACUUGUUUUUACUUUGUAAAUGCUCUUUUGUUGAAAACACCACAAGUGCAAACCUGUGAAUAAAACAGAAUGUAUAUUAAAUGUGAAUCAUUUAGAUAUUUUUAUGUUCACAUUUAUUGAUUGCAGAUUGUUUUCAGUUGAUUGAAUUUUCUUUGCAGGUUCCAUACUAGAAUGAUGUGUUUGAUGCGCCAUGACUAGGCUAGUUUUGUUUUUUUCCCUUUUUGUUGAUUUAUAUCUAAAUAAAUAUAUUAUCCCAUGAA